AACUCAUGCCGGAAUCAAUUUUUAUUCAACUCUCUUUAUAAAAAUCUAAAUCCUGCUUUAAAUGAAGGGGUUUAAGUCUGUUGUAAAGUACUUUUUCAGGGGAUAGGUAGUCGCUCAUUUUAAGGUUAUCUGAUAAAACAGCCUUGGUGGAUUUAGUAGAUUGUGCACGGACCAUGCUAAGAUUCAGCAUUCUGGGACUGCCAGACACUUCCUUGUGCGGUCGUGGGGCAGAUAUAAACCAAACAACCCGGCAGACUACCAGUUGCUGCGCCGAAGUUUGAGCAUGAAACUUAAAGAUGAGGGUUAAAGUCGGCCGGCAGGUCGACGACUUACUUCUGUUCAAAUGAAAUCAUUUCAAUCAUCGAGAUGGCGAGAGGUCCGAUUCUACAACGUAAGCGACGAUCUGGUCCAAAGGUUAAAACAGGAUGCGGAACUUGCAAAACCAGGAGAAUCAAGUGCGACGAGGCCAAACCGAGUUGCCAACGGUGUUCAACGACCGGACGAAAGUGCGAUGGGUACAGUAGCGAUAUUAUGAUUUCCAGCCAAAAAUUCACGGACUGUAUAAACCUCAUUCAACAAAUCUCUGUCCACAUACCCGGGAACGCAGAAGAAAAAAGAGGCUUCGAUUUUUUUCUUCGAAAUACAGCAGCGGAGCUAUCUGGAUACUAUGACUCCUCAUUUUGGGGAAACCUUAUACUGGCUGCUUCUACACAAAAGCCUUCUUUACGGCACGCCGUGAUAGCACUAGGAGCCUUGCAUGAAGACUUCUCACGGAAGAGGCUGCACUCCGCUCCAUCAUUCGAGAACCAAAACACCCAAUUGGCACUAAGUCAAUACUCGAAAGCCAUAGGAGCACUGCGGAGGUCUUUAUCACAUGGGAAAGAAGAACCGCUCACGGCGCUCAUGGCCUGCAUACUGUUUGUCUGCUUUGAUAGCCUGCGAGGCUAUUAUGAAUCAGCAAUGGUCCAUCUUCAAAGCGGGCUUGGAAUUCUGCGGGAUAUGAGGAAGUCUUCUACAAGGAAUCAAAUCAUCGAGGAAAAAAUUGCUCCUCUUUUCAGGAGACUGUCGUUACAGUCUAUCAUUUACGUUGAGACGAAAAGUAAGCAUGAUAAGCUAAGCUUUGUUGAAAAGUUGAUAGACGUCUCCGGGAAAGAUGAUGUAAUUUUUGAAAAGUUUAAAAGUAUAGAAGAAGCUCGGAAUGCUUUAGAUCAAGCCACGGAUGGUUUAUUCAGAUCAUUCUAUAUGAUGGAGCGUUUCCUACCUAUCAUUUUACAACCCACAGAAAGCCUCGCUACAUUCGACAAAUACACAUCUCGUUUAUUUCUCUGGAACCUUGCAUUUGAACAAUUUAUGUUAUCCAAAAGCAAGGAUUUCACCAGCAGGGAAGUGCAAGGUGCUGCACUCUUGAAAAUACAUCACACGACUUUGAAUAUCAUGGCUAGCAUGUUUCCUGACAUCAGUGAUAUGACAGUUGUGAUUGAUAUGGUGGACACGGAUAGGUUCUCGAAAUAUCUGGACGACUUUCAAAUCAUCAUCGACUUGUCAAGGUCGCUAAUCGUAGCUGCGGAACAGGAUGCGAUGAACGGAAGGCCGCCACUUACUUUCAGCAGUGAUUUUGGCAUUAUAGGACCGCUUUAUUACGUCUGUAUCCACUGUCCUACCCCCUCCAUUCGAGAGACAGCAAUGGAGCUAAUGUUAAGAUGUCCGCGACGAGAAGGGAUGUGGGAUAAUGCAAUUGUCGCUCAAAUGAUCCAACAAUUCUGGGAACUGGGAGCAAGACACAAAGAAUCGCAAAAGAUGGGUCUUGAAUUAGAUGAAUUUGGAUUGCCAGUGCCUUUCAACGACCGGGGAAUUGUUCACACCGCAUUUUUCGGUCGACCAACAGCAGUGAAUACAACUGACCUCUGCCAAUCUACUCCUGUAGACUUUUCUCCCUCUGAGCCAGUGAAAUUUCCACUAUCUUGGGGAUUGUGACCGAAUUCAACGACGGAUGGGAAUAGGACACGUCAAAAUACAGAAGCGGGCGCCCUAACUUUGCUGGGUGAAGUAAUUGCACAGUAACAUGGUCUGUACGGACACGUCAUCGAUACAAUACGUCCAUCGAAAUGGCACGCGCUAGUAUUUGAUUGAUUCCGUCUCUAUUAGCCUAUCGUGGUGUCGAAAUUGUGCAGAAUAUGAGAAAAGCCUAGUGGCGCGAGAUAACAAUCAAUGUACUACUGAGCACGUAUGCAUAUGUAAAUUAAGGAUUUGAAAGACAUGUUGUCAAACAUUGCAUGCUCGGCCAUGUUUGGAAUGAAGUAAAACAGAAUAUUUUCUCCAAGUGCGCGGGAUCAGGGCAAAGGACAUGGGCGCGACUAGGCGGCGGAGGAAAGCUAGAGCGGCACUCAGCAGCAUCGAAGAAACGAUCAACAGUGUUAUCAGCGACUAUAAUUCUCUUGCUGCAUAUUGAUUUACUGGUAUUAGAAUAGCUUUGGAAUAAUUAUAUACUGAUCAAAUCAAACCUUUGUAGAUUUGCGACGAAU